AUGCCAUCGCCGGGUAUACAACACGCGAGUGAUAGUGAGGUGCACGUUAUCGAUAUAGAGACAGAUACUGAAACACCAGUGAUCCAGAUUGUAAAGGACAACACUAUGAACGGAAACGGAACAUUAUCUAACUCGAAGCCGAAACCAGUUAACAUAUCAGAGGUUGUACAAAAAGCCCACGAUACAUACAAUAGUGGAUUAACUCGACCAGUAGAAUGGAGGAAGAAGCAGCUGAAAAAUUUGAUGAGGAUGUACGAAGAGACCCGAAACAGUAUGGUUGAUGCCCUAGUAAAGGAUCUAAGAAGAAGCAAAACUGAGGCCAUCUUACUUGAAGUGGACUAUCUAGUAAAUGACCUCAAGAAUACACUGAAUAACUUUGAUGAAUGGGUCAAACCAGAGCGGCCACCGAAAGGUUUAGUAAAUAUCCUAGAUGACGUGGUCAUUUUCAACGAUCCAUACGGCGUGGUCCUCAUAAUAGGGGCUUGGAACUACCCUCUUCAACUCCUCUUGUUGCCAAUGGCCGCUGCUAUCGCGGCUGGCAACGUAGUGAUACUGAAGCCGAGUGAACUUGCUGUUGCGUCUGCGCAGUAUAUGGUCGAAACUCUGCCCAAAUAUUUAGAUACUGAUGCAGUAGUAAUAGUGGAGGGUGGUCCAGAAGAAACUACAGAUCUAUUGAAACAAAAAUUCGACUACAUCUUCUACACUGGUGGCACAAAUGUAGGCAAGAUAGUAUACGCUGCUGCUACAAAAAAUCUCACUCCAGUCACAUUGGAGUUGGGCGGAAAGAGCCCAGUGUACAUAGACAAUUCAGUUGAUAUGGAGGUGACAGCUAAAAGGGUGCUUUGGGGUAAAUUCAUAAAUGUGGGUCAAACCUGCAUUGCGCCAGACUACGUGCUAUGCACAAAGGAAGUGCAAGACAAAUUCGUAGAAAUAGCCAAAAAUGUGUUAAAAGAAUGGUAUGGACAAGACCCCCAGAAAUCUCCAGAUCUAUGCAGAAUUAUCAAUCACAGACAUUUUAGUCGUCUCCAAGCAUUAGUAGAUGCUAGCAAGGACAAAGUUGCCAUCGGCGGUCAAUACGACUCACAAGACAAAUUUAUUGCGCCCACCAUAUUGACAAAUGUCACUGGCAGCGACAAAAUAAUGGAUGACGAGAUAUUUGGACCCAUCCUACCCAUCGUCCCUAUCGAGAAUGCAUAUGAAGCUAUCAAAUUUAUUAACGCGAGAGAAAAACCCUUGGUGCUGUACGUGUUCUCCAACCACAAGGCGACUACCAGCAGUAUUAUCGAGAAUACGAGCAGUGGCGGAAUGUGUGUAAACGAUACCGUAAUGCAAAUGGGAGUCGACACACUUCCAUUUGGUGGUGUCGGUAACAGCGGCAUAGGAGCGUAUCACGGAAAAGCCUCCUUUGAUACAUUUACACACAAAAAGAGUUGCCUGCUCAGAAAUUUUGCCGCUAUCGGAGAGAAAUUGGCUUCUGGACGCUACCCUCCGUACACAGAUGGCAAACUGAAGCUAAUAUCUGGCCUAAUGAAGAAAAGGUCCGAGCCGUCUUUCAAAUACUUGCCACAUCUCCUCGCAUUUGCCCUUGGAGCUGGAAUCACCUAUGGCAUCUGCGCUUGGCAGAAGAUGGCAUCAGAGGAAUUG